AUUCAUGCGCGGUCUUGCUGUUCAACUGAUGUACGAGGAAGCAGUUGCUAACCUCUCCUCACGCCUGGCCCUUCUUCCACAUUUCGUAUAAUGGACGGCCUUUCGGGGGCUGCAAGCGUCAUCGCUGUAAUCGACAUAUCUGCCAAGAUCACCUCGCUCUGCUUCCAGUAUUCCGUUGCCGUCAAGUACGCAAAAGAUGACAUCGAGCGCGUACGGAGAAAACUUGAUGACAUCACCCGCGUCCUGGAAAAGAUCGUACAGCUCCUCAGCAGACAAGACAAAGCGCCGCUUUCUACUACUCAUGGCUUAUUCACCUCGUGCAGCCAAUGCCUUCGAGAGUUGACGGACAUCAAGGCGAAGCUAGAGCCGGGGAAGACUCGCAAGACCAUGAGCCGGAUUGGAAUGCGUGCUCUCAAAUGGCCAUUCACAAGUAAGGAAGUAGGAAGAAUUGUUUCCAGCUUAGAAGGAUACGAGCAAACCUUCACCUUGGCGCUCCAAGUCGAUCAGACAGGUCUCAUAUUGGAUCUAAGUCAGAAGCUAGACUUGGCCAAGUUACCUACCGCUAAAGGUGCCUCCUUCAACUCCCACAAUGAGGAACACAAUGCACGAUGCCUACCAAACACCCGUAUCACGCUGCUGCGUGAUAUCGCAGAAUGGGCCAGGAGCGAAGACAGCAAACCCAUAUUCUGGCUAAGCGGCAUGGCUGGUACGGGAAAGUCGACGAUCGCACGGACUGUUGCGCAAUCUUUUAGUGAAGUAGGACAGCUAGGAGCAAGCUUUUUCUUCAAGAAAGGCGAGGGCGAGUGCGGCAAUGCCUCACGGUUCUUCAGCACAAUCGCCAUUGACUUGGUUGCCUGCGAGCCCGGCAUGCUACCUGGUGUAAAGCAGGCACUCGACGAAGACUCAGCUUUGUCGGAGAGGGCUCUGAAAGACCAAUUUGAGAAGCUAAUCCUACAUCCGCUCUUAGGGAUACAGCAGGCUCGCACGCAAGCAUUGGCGCGCGUUGUUGUUAUAGAUGCACUGGACGAAUGUGAGCGAGAAGAAGACAUUCAGGCGAUACUUCAGCUUCUUGCUCGGACGAAAGACAUCCGGCCUAUAUCGUUGCGUGUCUUGGUAACAAGCAGACCGGAGCUUCCAAUUCGCUUUGGCUUCAAGCAGAUGUCAAACGGAAUGCACCAGGAUCUGAUUCUUCAUGAGGUUCCCAAGGGGACCAUCGAGAACGACAUACGUCUCUUCUUCGAGCAUGAGCUGGGAAACAUACAGCAAGCGCGCAUGCUGUCUUCAGAUUGGCCAACAACAGAUCAGGUUCAGGCCUUGGUUGAGCUAGCUGUGCCACUGUUCAUCUUUGCUGCCACAGUGUGCCGAUACGUUAGUACUAAAGGAGGUGAUCCAGAGGAAUACUUAGACAAGGUUCUCCAGUACAGGAAGUUAACAUUCUCACAGCUUGAUCGAACCUAUCUCCCCGUGCUAGAUCAAUUAUUCGCCGAGCAGGAAGAAGAGGACAAGGAAACGUGGCUGCACGCGUUCCAAGAACUAGUGGGCAGUAUUGUUGUUCUCCGCAGUCCCCUCUCAGUCGCCUCACUUGCGCGCCUUCUCCAGGUCCCACAGAAGCAGAUUGCCUACAGGCUAGACUCUUUGCACUCUGUUCUUAGCAUCCCUGAAAGCAAAGACGUUCCUGUUAGACUCCUGCACUUGUCAUUUCGCGAGUUUCUUGUCGACCCUCGAAAACAAGGGAAGAGCCCGUUCUGGGUAGACGAGAGAAGCACGCACACGAAGCUGGCGUCUCGCUGCCUUGAGCUCAUGUCCGCACCUAGCGGCCUCCGGCAGGACGUAUGCAGCCUCUUGAACCCUGGGGCACUAAGGAGCGAGAUGGACGAAGGAAUAAUUACCAGCAGUCUGCCCCCUGAACUGCAGUACGCAUGCCGCUACUGGGUAGACCAUCUAGAGUGCAGCCAGCAGAACAUUACCGAUGGAGACACGACGCAUUGUUUUCUACAAAAGCAUCUUCUCCAUUGGUUCGAAGCCAUGAGCCUCAUUAAGGAGACAAAUCAAUGUGUGCACUUGGUUGGGAGACUGCAGGCGCUGGUGGCUUCAUCCACAAGCACCUGCUCAGGCUUCCUUCGCGACGCCCAUCGAUUCCUAUUGCGAUUUUAUUCGGUACUCGCAGAUGCUCCUCUGCAGAUCUACUCUUCGGCACUUGUUUUUGCGCCAGAGACGAGCGCGAUACGGAAAACUUUCGCAGAGCAAGUCCCGCAGUGGGUUGAGAUGCUAUCAAAGAGGGAAACAGAUUGGGACGCCUGCCGCAGCACGCUCAACGGCCAUUCCUCCUCAGUCAUGGCGAUGGCCUUCUCACUAGAUAGCCAACUAGUCGCAUCGGCAUCUGACGACUACACAGUACGGCUGUGGGAGGCGGCUACAGGGACGUGCCGCAGCGUGCUAGAGGGCCAUUCUGCCUCAGUCGAGGCGGUGGCAUUCUCGCCAGACGGGCAACUAGUGGCAUCGGCAUCUAACGACGACACAGUGCGGCUGUGGGAGGCAGUAACAGGGGCAUGUCGCAGCGUGUUGGAGGGUCAUUCCCGUUGGGUCACGGCGGUAGCCUUCUCGCCAGACGGGCAGCUGGUCGCAUCGGCAUCUUACGACAAGACAGUACGGCUGUGGGAUGUGGCGACAGGGGCAUGUUGUAACGUACUGGAGGGCCACUCCGACACGAUUACAGAGGUAACCUUAUCCCCAGACGGGCAGCUGGUUGCGUCGGCAUCCGAUGACAAGACAGUACGGCUGUGGGAGGCAGCGACGGGGACAUGUUGCAGCGUGUUGGAGGGUCAUUUUGGUUGGGUCAUGGCAGUAGCAUUCUCGCCAGACGGGCAGCUGGUCGCGUCAGCAUCUGACGAGACAGUACGGCUGUGGGAAGCAGCUACAGGAACGUGUCGUAGCGUGUUGGAGGGCCAUUCUGACACAAUUAUGGCGGUAGCUUUCUCUCCAGACGGGCGGCUAGUUGCUUCAGCAUCUGACGACAAGACAGUACGGCUGUGGGAGGCGACGACAGGGACAUGUCGCAGCGUGCUGGAAGGUCAUUUCGGUUGGGUCAGGACGGUAGCCUUCUCGCCAGACGGGCAGCUGGUCGCGUCAGCAUCUAACGACAAGACAGUACGGCUGUGGGAAGCAGCCACAGGAACAUGUCGUAGCGUGCUGGAGGGCCAUUCUGACAUAAUUAUGGCGGCGGCCUUCUCGCCAGACGGGCAGCUAAUUGCGUCGGCAUCUAACGACAGGACAAUACGGCUGUGGGAGGCGGCGACAAGGACGUGUGGCAGCGUGCUAGAGGGCCAUUCCGACACAAUUAUGGCAGUAACCUUCUCGCCAGACGGGCAGCUAGUUGCAUCAGCAUCUAACGACAAUACAUUACGGCUCUGGGAACCGGAUACAGGAGCGUGUCAUUGCGUGUUGGAGGGCCAUUCCGACACAAUUAUGGCGGCGGCCUUCUCGCCAGACGGGCAGCUAAUUGCGUCGGCAUCUAUCGACAUCACAGUUCGGCUGUGGGAGGCAGCAACAGGGACAUGUCGCAGCGUGCUAGAGGGCCAUUCCGCCUGGGUCAUGGCGGUGGCAUUUUCGCCAGACAGGCAGCUAGUCGCAUCGGCAUCUUUCGACAAGACAAUACGGCUGUGGGGUGUAGCAACAGGGACAUGUCACAGCGUGCUACAGGGUCAUUCCGACCGGGUCACGGCGGUGGCCUUCUCACCAGAUGGGAAGCUAGUCGCGUCGGCAUCUAGUGACGAGACAGUUCGGUUGUGGGAGGUGGUGUCAGGGACAUGUCGCCGCGUGCUAGAGAGUCAUUCCGCCUCAGCCAUAGCGGUGGCCUUCUCGCCAGACGGGCAGCUGGUUGUUUUGGCAUCUUACAACAACACAGUACGGGUGUGGGAAGCGGCGACAGGGACAUGUCGCAGCGUGCUGGAGGUUCGAUCUCAGUAUAUUCAGCAUCUCGCUGUCUCGCUGGAUGGCCGAGCACUUCACACCAAUGUAGGCGAUAUUCCCCUGUCUUCACACUCUGCCAGAACGUCAUAUUCGCAAGACAAACUGCCGUCUCACAUCCUAGUGCAGGAUCAAUGGAUUCUGCGCAACAACGAACUCUUUCUGUGGCUUCCAUUCGAAUACCGACCAACCUGUACAGCGGUACGCGGGGACAUAGUUUGUCUAGGGCAUUCAUCUGGUCGUGUGAGCUUUCUAAGAGUC